AUGAAAUUGUUACAAUAUAUCAUUGUUUUUAUCAUUACUUCCUUGAAUGGGUCCUUGGUCGCUGCUUCAGUAGGUUCUCCAUUCACUCUUUACAAGGGCUCCAAACCUUUUUACAGCUGUAAUAAUCAAAUUUCCGACACUGUUUCGUUCUGUAUCGAAGCAACUGAUUAUCAAUGUCUUUGCACCAAUAAAAAUUAUUUAGCCACAGUUGCAGGUUGUCUUCAAACUGUUGGGCCAUCACCUUCUGCUGUCAAUGGGCUUGUUACUUUUUGUGGUACCCGUGGCGUUUAUUUUGAUAGCUACAAUUGGUUUAAUGAUUCACUUCAAUUGUAUUUACAACAAGCUAAAUCGAAGAACCAGAUUCAAAACUUCAAUAAAUCUUCGCCCCUUGAAACUCCGUUUAUUUUGAAUCAAACUGCUCUUAUGCUUUACCAACAAACGUACAAUAUGUAUUAUGCCAAUUUGGAUAACUCCUUAUACUAUGGUGCCGCAUGUUUGGGAUAUUGGUUGUUGAUGCUUUUAGUUAUCGGAUUAGUUAAUUGGACAAAGGUUUUAUUUCCAAAUUUUGUCAAGAAGUUGACAUCUCCUAUCGUUAACAAAUGGAGAAAGUAUAUCUCGGCACCAGCAACUUUUAAAAGAAAAAAGGCAGAAGAACAACGAUUAUUCAAGAUUGUUUCUCAUUUAAUCCUUUCAAGGUUUGAUUCGAUGAUUGUGUUUGGUUUUUAUAUCUUGGUAAUUGUUCUCCAUGCCAUUAAUUAUCCGGCCAUUGAGAAUGAAGUACGCUAUAAAAGUCAGUACUUGGCCCAUAUGAAGAUUCUUGGAGAUAGAACGGCAGUGGUUGGUAUUAUGUUGAUGCCUUUGAUUUUCUUAUUUGCUGGCAGAAAUAACUUUUUGCAAUGGAUAGUUGGUCUCAAUUACAGUACUUUUGUUGGUUAUCAUAGACAUCUUGCAAGAAUUAUGUUUGCAUUGUUUGUUAUUCAUGCUGCAGCAUUUUCCUAUCUAUUUGGUGACAACUACAAUUUGGUUAUGUCAGAAACUAACUUUAUAUGGGCCGUUGUUGCCAUUGUAUGUGGUGGUAUAAUUAUGUUUCAGGCUUUGCUUUAUUUCAGAAGGAAAUGGUAUGAAGUAUUUUUAGUUGCCCAUAUUGUCUUGGCCAUAUUUUGGACAGUUGGGUUGUGGUAUCAUGUCCAAUACAGAGGGUAUGUUUGGUUAGUUCUUCCAAGUAUCGCCGUUUGGAGUUUUGAUAGGGCGGUUAGACUUGCAAGAUUAUUUGCUUUUGGUUUCCCACAAGCCGAUAUUACCUUGAUAGCUGAUGAAACUUUAAAAGUCCAAGUUCAAAAGCCCAAAUAUUGGAAAUCGGUCCCCGGCGGACAUGCUUUUAUUCAUUUUUUGGAUACAAAAUAUUUUUGGCAGAGUCAUCCAUUCACGUUUAUUGAAGAAGAACUGGGUAGUAUUAUUUUCUUUUGCAAAGUCAAAGAUGGUAUUACUAGAUCUUUAUACAAUAGGUUGCUUUCUUCCCCAGGUAAAUCUACAAAGGUGAGAGUUACAGUUGAAGGUCCUUAUGGCGAACCCACACCAGCUAGAUAUGCCGACAGUGCUGUUUUCUUGGCCGGUGGCAAUGGUAUUCCUGGUAUUUAUUCGGAGGUUGUCGAUGCCGCACAAGGCAGUAGUACUGGCGAGAAGAAGAAUAAAUUCAAAUUGGUUUGGGUUGUUAGGGAAUGGAAAUCAUUGUUUUGGUUCUAUCAAGAAUUGGUUAAUUUGAAAGAUUUGGAUAUUGACACUACCAUUUAUGUCACUAGACCCGGUAUUGAGUCAUUUGUUGAAGAGUAUAACAACAGAUUUUCAGAAUCCCAGGCCAUUCUUAGUGGUGACAUUCAUGAAAAACCAAAAAAAGACGGUGUUAAAGUUUCUGUAAAUAAGGUCGACGGGGAAGAAGAAGAAGAAGAUAGUGAAAGUGAUGGCAUGAUUGACAAUAUUAAGCUGGAGCUCGAUCAUAUUCAAUUUCAUGAAGGAAGACCAAACAUUGAAUUCUUGGUUGAUAGAUUCGUUGAACAAUCAAAUGGAUCUAUUGCUUUUGUUGCCUGUGCUCACCACUCAAUGGUUGAUGAGAUUCGGUACUAUUGUGCCCACAAAAUUGACAAUCCAGAGAAGAAGAGAGUUGAUUUCUAUGAACAAGUCCAAGUUUGGGCCUAA